UGCGCGCAACAAGACGGUCAUGUGCCGGGCUGCUCUCUUAUCGGUGCUGCUAGUCGCCUCUUGGUCGCUGGCCAAAGGAAUGGACUGCCCGUCCAUCCCCAUACCGCUGGCCGAGGCUGUGGUGGAAGCACACGGCUGUAUGACCAAGAUGGGCCGGCCGGUCAAGAACGAGGAGUAUGACACGGUGCAGAACUUCCUGAUGCAGUGCGCCGAGCGCCAGCAGCCAGGUAGCUCCAACCCACUCGUGUUCCUCAUGAUGGCCUGUUCGGACGCCAAGUACUUGGACGGGACGGCUAAUUGCAUGUUCGGUCAGGAAGAGGCCAUCUUUAAAAAGCUGAGCCUCUCUCCUGCGGAUAAACAAGGCGGCGAUCUCGUUUUUAAAUGUCUCAAGGACUUCCACGGAGACCUCGUCAAGAAGCGUCGCAAGCCCUAACGUCAUCUUAGAAGACAGCGGCGAGCUCUCUAGUCUCAAGAAAGGAGGUUACACAACUAAACAGUUCUGUAUUUCUUUUGAUAUUACUGAGAGCACCGCGAAUUGGAAACUUCGCCUGCGUUAACUUCAUGUGCCUUAGUGCAUGCUUUAGUGGACCUAAGCAAGCAGUUGGUCUCGAUCAGUAGAGAGAGACUCGUAAUUUUCGGAUUUGGGAUAAAGUUGUACCGCUUUUGGGAUCCUGUGUUGCAUGGUACAUCUUAGUGUUUUGUUAUCGAUCGAGGAAGAAUAUUGUGGAGCACUUCAAAAUUUUUCAUCAUUGGAAGAAUAAAUUCUAUGU